GUUUUUUAUAAUUUGUUAACUAACAAACGAUUCAUUAUUUUACAUAAUAUUGUUGUAAUUGUAGCAUUUGAAGAUGCCGGUUUCGUUUUAUAAAUUUGCAUGUUAAUUAUGUCUUUCCCUGAUAAAGACAAGAGAAAAAAAUGUUGGGCUUCUCGUGACGCAUUUUGGGAAUGCCUAGAUAAAAAUAAUGAUGAUCCAAGUAGCUGUUUAGAAGAGAAAAAGUGUUUUGAAAAUGACUGUCCCAAUCUAUGGGUACAACAUUUUAAUCGUAAAAGGGAUUAUUUGAAAUUCAAAGAAAAGCUACAGUCUGAAGAUCCAGUGGAAGCCUUAAAAAAAUCUUGAUAUUUGAGUGCAUUAGUUCAAAUAUUUGUACAGUUUAUUUUAUAUAGAUUUUAGUGUUUUCUAUAGACAUUUUGUUUAUUAAAAAUAAAUAUUAAUAGUUA